AAUCUUGCAAUGCUUUCCAAGUUUGCAAGCUUCACCACUUUUGUGAUCCAAAUUAGUAUUUUGUAAGAGAAAGCUGGCAACCUUUGAAUGGGGUGACCAAGAUAAGCAUGCCAAGAAUAAUUGAAACACACUUGAUAAGGUGGUAAAACCUGAUUUGAGACCACCGUCUAUCGCACAAAAAAGAAAGAAAACCACCCUCUAUAAAUGAACUCAAUCAUAAACAUGCUUUAUAGAAUUUUUGAACAAUUCCAAGUCUCUAGUUCCCUUUAUUCACAACUUUUCCAUUGGCAUUGACAACAUUCUAAAAUAUUUUACAUUGGAAAUAAGCUUGGCAUCACUUAUCAUAUGAUAAAUUAUCUACAGGAUCAACACUAAUAAGUUUAAAAGCCUUAUAUGCUUGGAAACAUGGCCAGAUCCCUUCAACAUUUGUGGUUUCAAACAAGGAUGAAGAGACACACUUGUUUUUGAGGUGAUCUUUCAUUUUGCAAUGAUCAUGCUUAUCGCAAAUCCCAAGCAUAUAUUAGAAUUUAGAACUGGUUAAAUGAGUAAGAUGCAUCGUCGUCUUAAGUACUUUGGAAUUAUUGAAUUGCUUCAAUAGAAUAUUGUGCGGCAGAAUUCACGUUUUUAAACAUUUCCAUACCCGAUCGUUGUGGUUAUAUUUUUGAUGGAAAAGGUCAAAUCAAUAAAAUUUCUAGGAUAUCCGAGUUUCAUAUUUGAAUAAUUAUUAUAAUAUUAGUUUCGGUAUGUGUCCUUUUCAUGCCACGCCAAUGAAAUAUUAAGUAACGGUUCUGUCCGUAUUAUAAGUUGACAUUUUCUGAAUAAAAAUAGUCCGUAAAUAGUUUGUUAUACACCAACACUUUUGUUCUAUUUUAUUCGUGGAUUAGAGAACACUCCAUCCCAUCCAAAGGCAUAUUCAAUCGUACCUCUCUCUGCAUUCUCACCUAUCCACAUUUUGUAACAUCCGAUUCCGAUGGGGAAACCGACUGGGAAGAAGAAGAACCCCGAUCCUCCGACGGAUUCUUCCGUCAGCGGAGGAGGUAACAAGUCAGCCAAAAGCUUCGAUCGUUCUGCCUCCAAGGCGGCAGCCACCUUCGACGAAGACAUGGCGAUCUUCAUAAACCGAGCGUUAGAGCUCAAAGAAGAAGGAAACAAGCUCUUCCAGAAACGCGACAACGAAGGCGCCAUGCUAAGGUACGAAAAAGCCGUCAAGCUUUUGCCUAAAGAUCACGGAGAGGUGGCUUACCUGAGAACGGGCAUGGCUUCUUGCUACAUGCAUAUGGGGCUGGGAGAGUACCCGAACGCGAUCAACGAGUGCAAUCUCGCCCUCGAGGCUUCUCCUAGGUACAGCAAAGCCCUGUUGAAACGCGCUCGGUGCUACGAGGCUCUGAAUAAGAUGGAUUUCGCGUUUAGGGAUUCGAGGAUCGUUCUGAACAUGGAGGCUGAGAAUGUUUCGGCUAAGGAGAUCUUCGAGAGGGUGAGGAAGGUGUUGGUUGGUAGAGGGGUUGAUGUGGCUGAGAUGGAGACGAGUUUUGUCGAUGUGCAGCCCGUUGGCGCCGCGCGGUUAAGGAAGAUUGUUAAGGAGAGGUUGAGGAAGAUGAAGAAGAAGAAGAAUAAUAAAAAGAAUAGUAAUAGUAAUGCUGAUGAGAAGAAGAGUAACGAAGGCGGAGUCGUUGUUGAGAGUGCAGAUGUUGAAGAUGGAGAGGAAGCUGAUAGCGGGAAGAGAGGAGAUAAGAAUCUUGAGGAUAAGGUUGUGGUUGAGGAGAAGAAAGUGAGUCAUGUGAUGGACAAAGAGGUCGUCAUUGCUUCCCAGAUCGACGCGACUGUGACCAGGACGGUGAAGUUGGUCCACGGAGACGAUAUAAGGUGGGCGCAGCUGCCGUUGGAUUCCAGCGUCAGGCUUGUGAGAGAUAUAAUCAGAGAUAGGUUUCCUUCUCUGAAGGGCUUCCUUAUCAAAUAUAGAGACUCUGAGGGUGAUUUGGUUACCAUCACCACGACGGACGAGCUGAGAGUGGCUGCUUCGACGAGGGAGAAACUUGGCUCCUUUAGAUUGUAUGUCACUGAAGUCAGCCCCAAUCAAGAACCUGUAUACGACGGCGAAUCGAACGAUAAGUUCGCCAAGGGGUCAAGUAGUGUUGCUGAUAAUGGAAGCGUGGGAGGAGAUUAUGUGGAGUCUGAGAAACCGUCAGCUUGCAUCGAGCAUUGGAUAUUCCAGUUUGCGCAGCUGUUCAAGAACCACGUUGGGUUUGAUUCCGAUUCUUACUUGGACAUUCACAACCUUGGGAUGAAGCUGUAUACGGAAGCAAUGGAAGAUAUAGUAACUGGAGAAGACGCGCAAGAGCUUUUUGAUAUAGCUGCUCAUAAGUUCCAAGAAAUGGCUGCGCUAGCAAUGUUCAACUGGGGGAACGUUCAUAUGUCCAAGGCGAGAAGGCAGAUCUAUUUUCCGGAGGAUGGCUCGAGAGAAACUAUACUAGAGAAGGUCGAGGCUGGAUUCGAAUGGGCGACGAACGAGUACAACAAAGCUGCGGAAAAAUACGAAGAAGCUGUUAAAGUUAAAUCUGAUUUCUACGAGGCUCUUCUUGCGCUCGGGCAACAGCAGUUUGAGCAGGCUAAGCUUUGUUGGUACCACGCGCUUAGAAACAAGAUAGAUAUCGAAAGCCAGGCUUCUCAGGAAGUGCUGAAACUCUAUAACAAAGCUGAGGAGAGUAUGGAAAAGGGUAUGCAGAUUUGGGAAGAGAUGGAAGAACGCCGUCUGAAUGGAAUCUCUGAUUCGGAUAAACAUAAAACGCUGCUGCAGAAGCUGGGAUUAGAUGGGGUGUUUAGUGAAGCGUCUGAUGAAGAUAACGCAGAGCAAACAGCUAAUAUGACUUCCCAGAUUAAUCUUUUGUGGGGUUCAUUACUGUAUGAACGGUCUAUUGUGGAGUAUAAGCUUGGUUUACCAACUUGGGAUGAAUGCUUGGAGGUUGCUGUGGAGAAAUUUGAAUUAGCUGGAGCUUCUGCAACCGAUAUAGCUGUCAUGGUAAAGAACCAUUGCUCAAACGAAAAUGCACUUGAAGGUAUGGGGUUCAAGAUCGAUGAGAUAGUACAGGCAUGGAACGAGAUGUAUGAUGCCAAAAGAUGGCAGAUCGGUGUCCCAUCUUUCCGGCUAGAACCUUUGUUCCGGAGACGGUCACCGAAGCUGCAUGAUAUUUUAGAGAAUGUGUUUACAGGGCCUCAGUGACUAAACUGUCAAUCAUAUACAUGAACAGAGCAUAUCAGCUGGUAUUGUAUUUACUGGGGGAGUUGGAGUUGUAUGCAAAUUUUCUUCUAUUUUUGGUUUGGUUUCUCAGUUUUUUGGAAGCAAUAUUUUUUUUAUAGUCUUGGCACUGAUGAUUUUUUUUUGUGCAGAAUACUUUUUGGAAUUGUUUUGUGCAGAAUAUUUUUGGAAUUUUUUGAAAUCAAUAUUUUCUAUUUUCAUUUUGGUGGUUUGUAAUCAUAUCAUAGAUUUGUAAAUUUUUAUUGAUUGUUUUGAUUAGUUCGUGUAUAUGUGACUAUUGCAUUCUUAUGUAAAGAUAGUGAAUUAUUUCGGUUUGCAGCACUCAAAAUUCAUAGCAUCAUACA